AUGCCUCAUCGGCGACGUCGGGCGGGCAUCGUCGGGGACGACGGACCGGCAUCGUUAAGCGGCAACGGGUCUGGACACAUAUCGACGACGGACCGGGACACAUAUGCGACGACGGGCCAGGACACAUAUGCGACGGCGGGCCAUGCCUCAUCGGCGACAACGGGCCAUGCCUCAUCGCGGCGACGACGGGCGGGCAUCGUCGGGGACGACAGGCCGGGCAUCGUCGGCGACGACGGGUCUGGACACAUAUCGACGACGGACGGGACACAUAUCACGACGGCGCCAUGCCUCAUCGGCGACGUCGGGCCGGGCAUCGUCGGGACGACCCGGGCGAACGCCGUUGGCGACGACGGGUCUGGACACAUAUCGACGACGGACCGAGACACAUAUGCGACGACGGGCCGGGACAUAUGCGACGACGGGCCAUGCCUCAUCGGCGACAGCGGGCCAUGCCUCAUCAGCGACAGCGGGCGAGGCAUCGUCGGCGACAACAGUCUGGACACAUAUGCGACGACGGACCGGGACACAUAUGCGACGACGGGCCGGGACACAUAUGCGACGACGGGCCAUGCCUCAUUGGCGACAACGGGCCAUGGCUCAUCGGCGACGACGGGCCGCAUCGCCGGGCGACGACGGGUCUGGACACAUAUGCGACGACGGACCAGGACACAUAUGCGACGACGGCCGACACACAUAUGCGACGACGGGCCAUGCCUCAUCGGCGACAACGGGCCAUGCCUCAUCGGCGACAACGGGCCAUGCCUCAUCGGCGACGACGGGCGGGCAUCGCCGACGACGGGCCGGGCAUCGUCGGCGCACGACGGUCUGGACACAUAUGCGGCGACGACCGACACAUAUGCGACGACGGGCCACUCAUCGGCGACGUCGGCCGGGCAUCGUCGACGACGGGCCGGGCAUCGUAUGGACGACGGGUCUGGACACAUAUGGCGAACGGACCGGGACAUAUGA